GUACUUGUAAGCACUUUUCUGGACAUGCAAUCUUUUUAAAUUAGUGGAAUAUAUAUGUGUAUCUAUAUAUAUCUACGGAGUAUUAUAAAUAGGUUGGCAUUUCCCAUUGCUUGCCUUGCGGGUUAAUUCAGAAUCCAGAUUGGGAAAAUCUUGGAGAUCUGUUUUAGGUUGUUAGUGGAUUCCGGUUGGUGGGUCUUUUGAUUCUAUACAAAGUCGGCAUCUUUAGUUAUUUCUCCAUAAAUAUUCUUGAAAACAAUAGAGCAAGAAAUUGAAGGAAUUGGAGAAGCAAUGGGUAUGAGCGGAGCAGAGUCGCAAUUUCAUGUUCUUGCUGUUGACGAUAGCGUUGUAGACAGAAAGCUCGUUGAAAGGCUCUUUAAAACCAACUCCUGUCAAGUGACUGCGGUAGAUUCUGGUAGUAAGGCCUUGGAAUUUCUGGGUUUACAUGAACAUGAUGAACACACCAGCCCAGCCCAACCAUCUGUUGUUCACCAGGAAAUGGGAGUCAACCUUAUAAUUACAGACUACUGCAUGCCUGGGAUGACAGGCUAUGAUUUACUCAAGAAAAUAAAGGAAUCAUCAUCUCUGAAAAAUAUACCUGUGGUCAUUAUGUCAUCUGAGAAUGUUCCUUCAAGAAUCAGCAGAUGCUUGGAAGAAGGGGCAGAAGAGUUUUUUCUGAAACCAGUGAGGUUAUCAGAUGUGAAUAAGCUUAAACCUCAUAUGAUGAAAACAAAAUCUAAAGAUCCUGAGAAAGAACAUGAUGAACAACAGAGCCAAGAACCACCUACAACACAGCAGCCUCUUCUGCAACAACAAGAAGAUGUCACAUCACAGUGUGCAAAAAUGGACGUUGAGCUGCGGGACCCAGAACCGCAAGAAGAGGCCGAAAAGGAACAGUCAACGUUGAUGGUGGAUAAUAAGAGGAAAGCUGAGGAGAAAAUCCUCUCACCGGAAAGAACUAAACCCACAUACAAUGGUCUGGCUGCCGUUCUAACCUGUGAUGUGAUGAUGCUCUUAUAGAUCACUUUUAAUUUUGCAUUGGAACACUUCCCUUUUCUUGCUUCUUUUAGUUAAUUACUUAAUUAGCUAGAUGGAAGAGGUUAUUAGGAGAGGGUUCUGCAGACAUGUAAUAGGGAAAACGUUUCGUUUAAUGUUGCUUUUCUGAUGGAGAAAACUGGUCACUAUAUAUGCCAAUGACCAAAUCUGACAGAUGGUUACUUGUUUCAAGGUUUGAUUCAAUUUUGGAUGAACAGAUUUAUACCUGU